AAAACAGUUGAAUAUAUAAAAAAAAGCUUUUUCCUUCUUUACGUCAUUAUGGGCCCUAGAAAACCUGAAUUAGAAUACAUUUCUUUUCGCAAUCUCCGAUCACAAAGACAAGCCGGUCAGACAGAAUUGACAAAGGAUGCUUAUAAGGCAUUAGAAAAACUAGCCGACGGUGCCUUAAAAAGUGGACCUUUUAGUAUUACAUUUGAAAAGAAAUUUCCACACAUUGCUCCAAGUGGAGAUGUUAGCGACUUUCUUAGUUAUGCACCAUAUUGGUGGCCGGACGAUACAAACACAAAAUAUAUAAGGAAAGAUGGGAAAAGAAAUCCUGACAUAGGAUGUGUAAAAGAUCAGUCUCAGCUAGAAUCAUUUGCUGAAAGCUUUACAUUCUUAUGUUUAGGCUAUUAUUUUCUUAAUAAUGAGAAUUAUGCAAUCUACGCGGUAUCGUUGCUGGAUACAUUUUUUUUAAAUGAAAAGACUAGAAUGAAUCCCAAUCUUAACUAUGCACAAUUUGUGAGAGGAAGUCAAAAUACAACAAAGAUGGGGCGUGGAGAAGGCGUAAUAAGCUCGAGAGUACUAUCCCGCAUCGCUAAUUUAUUGCCGCUUUUGGAUGCAUUCCAUGCUUAUUAUGCAAUUAAUCAAUAUAUCAAGCUCUGGUUUGCAAACUAUCUCAAUUGGUUAACAACUAGUCCUGUUGCACUUCAAGCUUCGAAAUCAAAAAAUAAUAUCUAUACAUGGUAUAUUGUUCAAAAAGCCUCCAUAGAUUUCUACCUGAAUCCCAUUUCCACGAAACCAUCGAACCUAAUUGUCGAUUUUUUUAUGAACGAUCUCCAAAAACAAAUCGAUCCAAGAACGGGAAAUCAGCCGCUGGAAUCUAAACGAACAAAACCUUUUCACUAUUUAGCUUUUAAUAUGCAAGCUAUACUUUAUCUAGCCGAGCUUGCCAAAGACAUAGGUUUAAAUGUUUAUAACUCAAAUAACCUUAUUCAUUCAGCUAUACAUUAUAUAACAUCUUUUGGAAAUGAUCCAAAUCAAAAAGAGGAUAUAACGCAAGCUGUCAGAUGUGUUGAAAUUGUACUAAAGAGGCUAAAUGAUCACGAUAAUUGUUGUAAACAAUUCAUUCAUACCGCUUACCAUUGCAAAUACUCUGAUAAAAUUGGAGGACCGAAAAACGCGAUUAAUGCGCUUUGGUCCCCAAUCAAUUAAAUACAAAAAACUUUAUUAAAAUACAUUGUUGUGAUUUUUAAACAUCA